AUGGAAUCUUCGUAGGAAUAGUUUGGGACCACAUCAUCAAGAGUGCUGGUUAUCAAUCAUAAUCUCAAGGUGCUUGAUGUUGAAUAAAGAGAGCAUUAGCAGAUAGCUCUACAUCCUGGAUGGAAUGAACAUGAUCCUGAGGCGAUUUACUCUAACGUUGUCAUUUGCUUGGAGGAGGUUAGCAAAAGAAACAAUCUAUCAAGUCAAAAUGUGAAGGCUAUUGGCAUUACUAAUUAAAGAGAAACAGUGGUAGCUUUUGACAGAGAAACUGGCAAAGCAUUGUACAAUGCUAUUGUAUGGAAUGAUAAGCGCACCUCUGACGUAGUCAAGCAAUUCUCUGACAAGAACAAUGGAAAUCUUGAUGUCUAUAGAGAAGUCUGUGGCCUCCCAAUCAACACAUAUUUCUCUGCAGUAAAAAUGAGAUGGCUUUUAGACCAUGUUGAAGCAGUCAGAGAUGCCCAUGAAAAAGGAACACUAAAACUAACCUCAGGCAAGCAUAUUUUAACUGACUCUAGUAAUGCGAGCAGAACUAUGCUGAUGGAUAUACAUUAAUUGCAAUGGAGUGACUUUAUGCUAGGAGAAUUCGGUAUUAAGAAGGAGUGUCUUCCUGAGAUUAGAGUGUCUUCAUCAGAUAACUAUGGUGAAAUCUCUACUAUUGCCUGUGUUAAUGGAGUUCAAAUUACUGGAGUAAUUGGAGAUCAGCAGUCAGCAUGCUUAGGACAUUUACUUAAAGUAGGAGAAGUCAAGAAUACAUAUGGAACUGGCUGCUUCAUACUUAAGAAUGUGGGGGCUAAGCCAGUGCAGUCAACUCAUGGUCUUCUAACAACUCUAUGCUACUCUUUAGGAGAGGGCUAAACCUACUACGCUUUGGAGGGCGCUGUAGAGGUAGCUGGCGCAGCAAUCUAAUGGGCUAAAUCAGUAGGACUGCUUGGAGCAGUUAAGGAGCUUGAGAGUCUAUGCUACUCUGUAGAUGAUUGUGGCGAUGUUUACUUUGUGCCAGCAUUCAAUGGAAUAUUCUCACCUUACUGGAGAGAUGAUGCCAGAGGUUUGAUGAUUGGAAUCAGCUUAAACACUACCAAGGGUCACAUUGCUAGAGCCAUUCUAGAAGCGCCUUGCUUGAGAACAGCUGAGGUAGUGACAGCUAUGGCCAAGGAUAGUGGGUACUAGGUAACAAAGAUGAAUGUAGAUGGUGGAAUGAGUGUCAAUAACUUUGUUCUUCAAUCUUAAGCAGAUUUUACAAACGUUGAAAUAGUAAGAAAGAAAGAGAGUGAGAUUACUGGAAUUGGAGCAGCCAUUGCAGCAGGAUUGAAAGUAGGCUUUUGGGCUAAUAUUGAAGAAGUUGAAAAGAAGAUUGAGAUUGAUAGAUCUUUUAAGAGUGAUAUAACAGAGAGCUAGAGAGAUAAGAAGCUCAAGAGAUGGUAAUAGGCUGUUGAGAGAAGUCUCGGCUUCGGCUGGGCUGAAACCGAGGAAGCAGUUUAAUGA